GCACCUUAUACCUACACAGACGACCUGCAGUCAAGCUAGUCAGUCUCUUCACCACUAGCCCAGUCUGAGUUCCUAAAGCUUCUUUUACUGGGCAGAAGACGUCCAGGCAAGAGGGGGGCAAACAAGACGUGCAGUGCACUCUCUUUGAGAGGGAAAGAGUGCAACAAGCUGGUCUUCCUCACUUCUUCAGCCUUGCUGCUUCAGCCCAGGGGAAUUAGUUGUCCCUCCACACUAAGAGGAUACACUGUGCCUUCUACUGGGCUCACCAACACUCUUCUGAGAUCAGGCAAACAUGGCACAGAUUCAGAAAAAAACCUCAACUAUGUCCCUAACGAUAUCAUCGUGCUCCCGAGACACAUCCUCCUCCUCUUCAUCUUCCUCAUCCUCGACUUCAGUACAGCAGAGGCACUCCAGUUCAGCACAGCCUGUCUGCAUCAGCCCUCAGAUGGUUCAGAACACAAACCAAGGUUCAGCGAACACUGGAGUGUCUCCAACCUUUGUCAAGGGUCUUCAUGACGUGAGUACAGUGAAGGGGCAGCUGGUGGUUCUGGAGUGCAGGAUCAGAGGAACGCCUCCGCUGCAGAUCUCCUGGUUCAGAGAGAACGAGCAGAUCAUCGACUCCGCAGACUUCCGGAUUCUUAGAAAGAAGGCAAGUUCAGCUUCUGUUCCUGAGGAAUUGUGCACCCUCGUGAUCACAGAGGCGUAUCCAGAAGAUUCUGGGAUAUUUAAAUGCACAGCAUCAAAUCAGUUUGGAACAGUAACAUGCAGUGCCAUGCUUGAAGUAUACACAGACUUAGAGGAGGUGUUGGGAGAGGAGGAUGAGCCUUCGUCUCUAAGCUCAGCUGGACUAGAGCCGGAUGACCAGCCUGAUGACCAGGAUGACACACUAAUUCCUCCUCCAGAAUGGCCUGACAGCUCUGAGGAAGAGACUGCCGCCCCUGUAGCACGGGUGCCGGAGUCUCCGGUGGACACGGAGAGCAAACAGGUGACUGAAGCUGCAGAGCUCUCCUCCAUGAGCAAACCUGAUCCUCCAGCAGAGGGGGUGAAAAACAGUGUCCCACAUCCAUUCCUUCCCACCAGCAAGCUGAGUAAACCAGCGGAGCCCAGAGGCAGUGCCAUGAACAUGGCUGACCUGCCCACCUUCUCGCCAUCGCUGUACCCCCCCAGUGCCUUUAACUAUGAGCGCCCUCGCCAUUUCAUCCAGUCCCUGCCCAGUUUCCACACACCUGACAGUAAGAUCAGCAAACCCAACAACCUCAGUCCCCCGGCUUCGACGGCUGCUCCGUUACUGAGUCCUCCUCAGCCUCGGACCUCCAUGAGUUCAAGCAUGACUUUGAUUCCUAAACCACGGAGCUCUCCAAACAAUGAGAAACUAUCAUCAGCAGCUUUCCUCUCAUCUGUCCUGCCUUCCCUGCCGAGCUCCCAGGCCAAAAGCAUGUCCACACCUCAGUCUCCAUCUCCACGGCGCUCCCCUAGAUCCCCCAGCCCAACACCGAGAGCCCAGGAGCAGCCUCUGUCUCCUCCGAGUCACGCUCCUGCAGCUGUCCCACCACGGAUAUCUCCAGAUACUCCAAAAACAAGCCCUCCACCUCCACAGCCCCCACCUGUGUCUCACAUGAGCUUCACACCCAACACCUUGCCAAGGCCGAUCUUGAAGAAGACUGUUUCCCGACCAGUGUCUCGCUCCACAGAUGAAGAGAUCCAGGGCUCUAAAGACGCUCUCAUGCAAGACCUUGAAAAGAAGCUACGGAACAAAGCUCCUCAACAGAGGACCAUGCAGAAGAUGUCUUACGAGGAGCGGAUGGCGAGAAGAUUGCUGGGAGCAGAUAAUGCCGCCUCAGUGUUUGAUCUUGAAAAUUCAUUCAGUUCACAGCCUGCACAGCCAGACUCUCCAGAAGGUCUCCAGCCUGGAGGAAUAUGGUCCAGAAAGAAUCGUCCCGGAGGAGACGGUACAGAUGCCUCGACCAUCCAAGAGAAGUGUUUUGCUCCUCGUUUUAUACAAGUGCCACAAGAUCUUUCUGUUGAAGAGGGACGAUUCUGCAGGAUUGAUUUUAAGGUUGUAGGUUUGCCAACGCCUGAUAUUUCUUGGUAUCUGGAUGGGAAACUCAUCCGCCCUGAUGAUUACCAUAAGAUGCUGGUGUGUGAGAAAAGCGUGCACUCCUUCAUCAUUGAGAUCGUGACCAUUCAUCACGCAGGGGUUUAUGAAUGUGUAGCAAAGAACCGUGCCGGAGAGAGCCACUUCUCCCUGCGUCUGGAUGUGAUCGCUCAGGAGCAGCUCUGUCCUCCCUCGUUUGUGGUGAAGAUGAGGAACUCGCGGGUUCUGGAGGGCGACGGCGUGCGGCUCGAGUGUAAGGUGACGGCGUCUCCAGCAGCGCAGCUCUACUGGAAGAAAGACAAGGAGAUGCUGCGCAUCGACCCCAGGAGGAUGAGUCUCUCUCAGGACGCUUCAGGGAAGCAGUGUCUGGUGAUUGAUCCGGUGAUAAAGUCUGACGCAGGCUGGUACACGGUGUCUGCCAUUAAUGAAGCAGGCAUGUCCACGUGCAACGCCAGGCUAGACGUGGCCACUCGGCUGAAUAAGUCUGCUCCGGCUGUCAGGACACUGAAGACUCUUCCCAUCUUCUCCACACUGAGCGCCGAGCCGGCUCCUCAUCACACCGCGCCGCUCUACGAGAGCGAAGAGCUGUAGACGCUCACAUCUGAUGUCCUCAUGCCCUUCUGAAGACACGCUUCAGCCUGAGGAAUGACUGGACGAGGGUUCAUCAUCGUCCCUGCACAAGCUGUUUGGUGGGACAUGGAUUACUAGUUUCAUCAAGCUGCAUAUUUAAGACACCCAAUACAGAAAAAAUAAUGUAUCUGAUGAUUGUUUGUUAGACUAAUGUUUGAUUGCUGUAUGUCUCUCCACUGUGUGCAGUGCAGUCACUGAUACACUCACAACUACAUUAUGAUCGUAUAUAUAUAUAUAUGAUAUUUGUUGGAAUUUUUGUUACUAGUACAAAGGAUUUACGGUCCUCAACACAGAUAUCAUUUGUGUUAUAUAUGAUGUGAGAUGAACAUUUGAGUAAAUAUCUUUGUGCAAAUACUA